CAACACCAAGAUGGCAGCCAACAGAGCAAUGUUUACUUCAUCACGACUGACGAGUUUUGUCUUCAGAUGCAGCACUGUGAAACCAUGUAGUCCUAGAUUUGCUUCACUCAGUAAUGAACAGAGAGAGCGUCUGGCUCAGGGGCCAUCCCUUGGAGAUUUCAUCAGUGAGGACUUAAAGGCAACUGAUACGGGAAGUGAUGGUUAUGAUGGAAAACUGGUCAAAGAGAAGGGAAUGAAAAGAUUGAGGCUACCACCAUGGUUGAAGACAGAGAUUCCAGUUGGGAAGAACUACAACAGAAUCAAAGAAAGUUUGCGUGGACUAAACCUUAAUACAGUUUGUGAAGAGGCAAGAUGUCCUAACAUAGGAGAGUGUUGGGGAGGAGGUGAACAUCAAACAGCCACAGCUACUAUCAUGCUUCUUGGAGAUACGUGCACAAGAGGGUGUAGGUUUUGCUCAGUGAAGACUGCCAGAAAGCCACCACCUCCUGAUCCUAAUGAACCAGUCAACACUGCCAAAGCUAUAUCUGACUGGGGACUGGACUAUGUUGUUCUUACAUCUGUAGACAGAGAUGAUUUGCCAGAUGGAGGCUCAGCCCAUUUUGCUCAGACUGUCAUAGAACUUAAGAAGAGGAGCUCCAUGUUGGUCGAAUGUUUAACACCAGACUUCCGUGGGGAUAUGGAAGCCGUAGCGAGGGUUGCUCUGUCUGGUCUGGAUGUGUUUGCUCAUAACAUCGAAACUGUGGAGAACCUUCAAAUUUUUGUGCGAGAUCCCCGAGCAAACUACAAGCAGUCUAUGUCGGUGCUUGCUCAUGCCAAGAAGGUCCACCCUGAUGUUAUUACUAAAUCCUCCAUUAUGUUAGGCAUGGGGGAGAAAGAUGAAGAGGUCUUCCAAACAAUGAAAGAUUUAAGAGCAGUAGGUGUGGAAUGUGUUACCCUAGGCCAAUACAUGCAACCCACAAGGAGGCAUCUCAAAGUCUCUGAAUACGUUACACCAGACAAGUUUGCCUACUGGGAGAAAGUUGGCAAUAAACUGGGCUUUGCUUACACAGCCAGCGGUCCCCUGGUGAGAUCAUCAUACAAAGCAGGUGAAUUCUUCUUGAAGAAUCUAUUGGAGAAGAGGAGAGAAUCAAAUGACAGCCCAUCAACCAGUUAACCCUAAAGUUCAUUUAAAGUAAGCACUUUAAAUAAUUUACAAAUCCCAAAAAGCUUUUAUUCUAAAAAAUUACUGGAAACAAUUCCUUGUGUUUUUCUUUGCCCAAUGAAAUAAAGCUAUUAAAAGUUUCUAUGGCAUCCCGAACAAAGGUAUUGACAAAAUAGGGAGACUGCCAACUUAGGACUAGAUAGCUCAGUUGGUAGAGCGCCGGCACGCUAAUCUGGAGGUCGUUGGUUCAAGUCAAGUUUCUAGUUCAGUAAACAUAUUUUAACAGACUCUCUUGUCAGUUGACUUUUUUAUGAGCCCCGCCAUUUAAAAUUUAUUUCAAACUAGCUCAACAUUGUCAAAGACGAACGUAAGUAGGCCAAGUAUUGCCAUAUAUACGUGUCUGUACCUCAAUUCGAGCAAAGACAUAUAUUUUGGGCAGUGAAUUUAAUACAGCGGCUACUUCUGCCUUCAGUCAAAAUGACAAGGAUAGCAAUCGAGAUCUGCCCUAUAUAAAGAUUACUAUAGUAGGGGAGUAUUGCCAUCAACAUUCUAAUAGCUUGACCAUGGAGUGUUGAUGAGCCUCCUACUGCCUGGUUACAGA